UAAAUGAAAACUGCUUUAAUUCAAUUUAAUCGAUCAUAUCUAGUAUAAUUAAUAUAUUAUAUCGAUUAAAUUGGUUGUGAUCGGUUUCUAUUUAAGAAGUUCAAUUUUAAAGAUUGAAUUACCAAAUUUGGACAGUCCUUCAACCUUUUUACAAACAAAAAUACUACACUCGUUUGGUAAAGAGUAUCAUUUUAAAUUUUUAUUGUUUUGUAUUGUUAAUGCGUAAAUUUAAAUAAAAAUUCAAUUGCAUCUUAUUGUUUUAAUGUAUUAGUUAGAAAGAGAAAAAUACAUAGUGUGCGAAUAAAAAAUAAAAUAAAAAAAAUUAAAUGAUACUUCAAUAUGUAUAAAAACUUUUAUAUGACAUUGUUUGUGAAACAUAUCGAAUAAUAGUGUUAUGAAGCUAGCUAACUACUUAAUAUAUAUCAAUUAAUAUAUAUCAUAUUAUUCAUAUAAUUUGCGUAAUUAGUAAUACAUAAAUAUUGAUUAGUGAUAUAUGUGUAAAAUCUAGAUGUGUGGUUAUGACGUUAUCGAAGCCCACAAUCAUGUAGUUUCCUAAACUAACAAAGUAACCAGGAAACUAAAACUUGAUUUGACUUUGCUUUUAACAUAAACUAUCAUAUCUAUUUGGCUUUGCUUCGACCUGUGUCUUUUUGUUCUACAAAACCACCUGCAGUUCAGCAGUAUUCACCUUUUAUUUAUUUAAAAUAUACAAUCAUCCAAUAAUUAACUAUGAAUUUGCUUUGGCAAGUUGCUAAAAGGCAAAAUUUGACUUUUUAUUCACUUUAUUCUCAUUCUGCCAUUGUUUUGGUAAACAAACUAUAAAAGGCAAAUACUCAUCAUAAUCUCCCAACACACAAAACUUCAAAACAUUAAUCAAAACUUUAUACUCUCUUUUCCUUCUAUUUCUCAGAUUCAGCAAAAAAAAAAAAUGGAUGACAUCUCAGUGAGCAAAAGCAACCAUGGUAAUGUUGUUGUACUCAACAUACAAGCUCCUCCUGUGUCAAAAACUUCAUUCCCUUCUUCUCCUUCUACAUCUCCACCAUUGUUAUCUGUCCACUUCUUGCAAAAGCUUAUAGCGGAACUCGUGGGAACUUACUACUUGAUAUUUGCGGGUUGUGCCGCUAUUGCCGUGAACGCUCAACACAACAAUGUAGUGACUCUUGUGGGCAUUGCAGUCGUUUGGGGACUAGUGGUAAUGGUUCUUGUUUACUCUCUAGGCCACAUCUCCGCACAUUUCAAUCCAGCUGUCACUAUCGCCUUAGCAUCUUGCAAGAGAUUCCCUCUGUAUCAACUCCCAGCUUACUUAAUUGUUCAAGUCAUUGGAUCAACCUUGGCUUCUGCGACUCUGCGUCUUUUGUUUGACCUAAACAAUGACGUGUGCAGCAAGAAACACGAUGUCUUCCUCGGAUCAUCUCCUUCUGGGACUGACCUUCAAGCAUUCGGGAUGGAGUUCAUCAUCACCGGCUUCCUUAUGAUAGUUGUUUGUGCCGUCACUACCUCCAAGAGAACAAGUGAGGAGCUAGAGGGGUUAAUCAUCGGCGCAACCGUCACACUGAAUGUUAUCUUUGCCGGAGAGGUAUCAGGAGCAUCAAUGAAUCCAGCAAGAAGCCUAGGGCCUGCACUUGUGUGGGGAUGUUACAAAGGGAUUUGGAUUUACUUGCUGGCUCCAACACUUGGAGCAGUCUUAGCGGCCUUGAUUCAUAAACUGUUACCGGCUACACAGAAAGCAAACUCUGAGUUCUCCAAGACAGGAUCUUCUCAUAAACGAAUUACUGAUCUUCCUUUGUAAUGAUUGUAGAUAAAAUCUUUAAGGUCAAUACUCGUUCUUGUAUCUUUAAAUAUGCUCAAUGGAUUGCAUUGCAAGUAAACAAAUAAAUAAUUGUACAGUAGAACA